UUUAACCUAUACAAAUCAUUGGCCAAUGUGAACACAUGAGAGAGAGAGAGUGUAUGCACACACAGAUACAGAAUAGUGAGAACAGAAUACAGAUCCAUUCCAUUCCAAAUACUUGCCUCUUUGUUUUCUUUUAUUUACCUGCUCCUUCUUGUUGUUGCUGCUACAUUUAGGCGCAUUUUAGCAUCUAACCACCAAACCAAACCCUAAAAAAGCAUUAUCCUCUCUCCUUCUUUGUUCUUUGCCUUUUUUCUUUUCUCUUUCCCUCUUCAACAAUAAUAAUGGCAAUCAUUUCCGUUUUCAUUUUCUUUUCCCUCUGAAAACACACCCUCUUUACAGAUCCUGUUGUUUCUCUCUCUCUCUCUCUCACACACACACACAAUUUGUUUUCUUUCUUUGUAGCUGCCAAAACAAUUUGCUCAACAUAAAGAGAGAGAGAAAGAGACUACCAAAGGUUUCAGUUUUAGAUCUGAGGGAGCUAAGGUUGUUUGAAGCAAUGGAGACACCCCAUGUCUCUUGGUCUUUCACAUGAGAUGAAAGUUUCUUGCUUUCUUCUUCUUUGACCCUUUUAGUCUUUAUUCUUCUACUACUACCUUACUUGGUAACUUUCAUAAAUUAGCACUAAGAGCGUCUCAGAUUUUGGUAACAAUGCUGGCCAUUGGGGCACAUGGCACUAGUAUCCGCACAAGCUCUACUUGCACUGCUUUGCUCAGAGAACUUGAGCAAAUAUGGAACGAUAUUGGGGAGACCGAAGUGGAGAAAGAUCGAAUGUUGAUGGAGCUGGAGAGGGAAUGCUUAGAAGUAUACAGGAGAAAGGUUGAUGAGGCUGCUAACACCAAAGCACGCUUUCAUCAAACAGUUGCCGCCAAGGAAGCAGAGCUUGCUACACUGAUGGCUGCACUUGGAGAACAUGAUAUUCAUUCACCGAUUAAGAUGGAGAAGAGAUCAGCAUCCCUGAAGCAGAAACUUGCGUCCAUCACACCUUUGGUUGAAGAACUGAAGAAGAAAAAAGAUGAAAGAUUGAAGCAAUUUGAAGAUGUAAAGACUCAAAUAGAAAAGAUAAGUGGAGAGAUUUUUGGAUUCCAUUCUGUCAAUAAUGCUUUGAGCAGCACAGCAGUUGAGGAUGAACAUGACUUGUCACUUAGAAGACUUAAUGAAUAUCAAACGCAUCUCCGAACACUUCAAAAAGAAAAGUCUGAUCGCCUUCAAAAGGUCUUGCAAUGUGUGAAUGAGGUGCAUUCUCUUUGUAGUGUGCUUGGGUUGGAUUUUGGCCAGACUGUGGGUGAUGUACAUCCAAGUUUGCAUGGGACUCAGGUGGAACAAUCAACUAAUAUUAGCAAUAGCACAUUGGAAGGUCUAGAGCAGGCCAUUCUCAAGUUAAAAAUAGAAAGGAAAACUAGAAUUCAGAAGCUGAAGGAUGUUGUAUCUAAACUAUUUGAACUUUGGAAUUUGAUGGACUCAUCAAAAGAAGAGAGAAACUGUUUUAUGAAGAUUACUUCUAUUGUUGGAACCUCAGAAUCAGAAAUCACUGAACGAGGUGUUCUUUCAACAGAAAUGAUAGAGAAGGCUUCGGCACAAGUGGACAGGCUUGCCAAACUAAAAGCAAGCAGAAUGAAAGAACUUGUUUUUAAGAAGAGGUCAGAGUUAGAGGAAAUAUGUAAAUUGACUCAUACUGAACCAGAUACAAGUACUACAGCCGAGAAAGCUAGUGCAUUAAUAGAUUCUGGACUGGUGGAUCCUUCUGAGCUAUUAGCCAACAUUGAAGCACAGAUAAUAAAGGCAAAAGAUGAAGCUUUGAGCAGAAAAGAAGUAACAGAUAGGAUUGAUAAGUGGUUUGCUGCGUGUGAAGAGGAGAAUUGGCUUGACGAAUAUAAUCAAGAUGACAACAGAUACUGUGCUGGGCGAGGCGCUCACAUUAAUCUUAAACGUGCAGAACGCGCUAGAAUAACUAUAAGCAAAAUUCCAGCUAUGGUUGACAAUCUUAUAAACAAAACACUAGCCUGGGAAGAUGAAAAGAAGACUCAUUUUCUAUAUGAUGGGGUACGUUUGGUGUCAAUUUUGGACGAUUAUAAACUGGCCAGACAACAGAAAGAGGAAGAUAAGAGACGACAUAGGGACCUUAAGAAGAUGCAAGAUCUACUCCUAAAUCAAAAGGAAGCCAUGUAUGGUUCUAAACCUAGUCCAAGAAAAAAUAACAGCUUUAGAAAGACUAAUAGUUACCGUGCAAAUGGAAAUGGAUCUAUGCCUCCUACACCUCGCCGUAACUCUUUAAGUGGUGGAACGACAUCUGAACUACUGACACCGCGGUCCUACUCUGGCCGUCAGAAUGGAUAUUUUAAGGAAAUGAGAAGAUUGUCUACUGCACCUCUGAACUUUGUGGCUAUAUCUAAGGAAGAUACAAUGUCAUAUGCUUCCCUUUGUGGUUCAGAGCCUGAUUCCCCUCCCCAAGUUUAAAUGAUAAAAAGAAAAAAAAAUGGAAUAGGGUAAAAAAGAUUUUCUUGGGCAGUGGCUGUAAACAUGAUUGAAAGCAGCACAGAACCUUGUGAAUACACGAGAUGGAUUGUACACUAUAUUUGGUUGUAAUAAAGCUGAGAUAUACGUGGACAGUGAUAACUGACAUUUGAGGAUACGAAUUAGGGUGGUCUAUGCUUUGAAGAAACAUUAGCUUUGGGAAGAGUGUUGAUACUGGUAGGGACUCAUUUGUAGAGAGGGUAAACAAAACAGUGGAGAUCGAUCAUACAGUGUUUGACCAUGAUGUAUUUAUUAUGUUUGUGUUCCAUGUGUAUAUAUGUUUUCAUUGUGAUGGUGAUGUAGUAUAAGUAACUAAGAUUAUUUUGAUUCAUAACUGUAGGAGCGUCCAUGCUAUAUACCUCAUGCUCAUUAUUUAUGUUUGUUAUAUGUGAUAAUCCAAGUUCAACUGUUAUGCUCCAA